UUGAUUUCUUUUAAUGAAAUGUUAAUAGACAUAGAUCAUUCGUUAAUUUUAUCUUGUUUUUAAUAAUUAUGUUUAUAACGUAAUAAAGACAGAUUUAAUAUGUGAUAUAUUAUUUCAAUUAAUAAUAAAAGGAAGAAUUUUAUUUACGUUCGCAAUAUGUGAUUGACAGCAGAUAGUAAUAAUUGUUAUAAUUUAUAUAAUUGGCACAUAUAAUAUUAAUAAAAUAAUGGCAGAAAAAGGUGCACAUUUAACUGGAACAACGUGUACAAAACCUUCCAUCUUCGAAAUUAUUGCACAAGAAUCUCUUGCAUAUACACUUGAACCUGCUUUUAAAAAGAUUUUAUCAUUUGUUAUAUCCUUUAAUCCUGAAAGAUAUGGGCAUUUACUUGAAUGGUCUGACGAGGGAUAUUUGAUUUUUAAUACAUUCCUUCAACGAUAUUAUUUCAGCAAAUAUUCCGCAUCAUUUUCUGAAACAUUUUAUGGGUUAAAACGUAUUUCACUAAUAGAUAAAAAGUUUCAUGAUCAAUUAUCAACAAAACAGAAAUAUCUUUCUUUGAUGUUUCUUGUUUUAUUACCAUAUUUUAAAGAAAAAUUGUCUAAACUUAGUUAUCGAUAUAAACUUCAAGAAGCUGACAAUUAUAUACCUAAAUCAAAGUGGGAGAGAUUUUUCAAAAAAUGUGUUAUUAAAGGUCAUAAUAUUUACUUCACGUUAUAUGAGUCUAUAACAUUAUGUAAUUAUAUACUUUACGUAUCUGGGAGAUCAAUGUAUGCGACGCCGUUAUUAAGGUUUCUUGGUAUUGUACUUACUUAUUCAGAAACAAGGAAUAUUGUUCCUAUUACCGAAUUGUUGCACAAAGUUAGAAGCAGUUCUUUCACUCUUAGCGAUGGUUUAGAUAUAAUUCAAACGACAGUUGCUAGAUCUUUCGAAAUUGGAGCAUUCUUUCUACAGUUCUUAUCUUGGUGGACCCAAGAGAAUUAUUUUACCGAUAUAAUGGCACUUCCAGCUCCAUCAGCUCCAAAGGUUAGACAUUCAGCGGUAAAAUAUAAAGGACUAUGUCCACUUUGUAUGAAAGUGCCACAUAUACGUACAGUACUUAUGGUAUCAGGGUAUAUAUUUUGUUAUCAAUGUAUUUUGUCCGAAGUGCGGAAUAAGAAACGUUGUCCAGUAACAAAUUAUCCAGCAAAUGAAAACGAUUUAAUACGUUUAUAUAUAUGAUUUAAUACGUUUAUAUGUAAAUGAAAUACGAAACAAUGUAAAUAUUGAAACAUUAAAAAGGCAAGUAUAUUUUUGAAUAAAAUUU